AUGAAGCGCAAGGCAGAUUCCCGAAUUGACGACAAGAAACCGACGAAGAAGAAGUCGAAGACGACCCUCUCGGCCGACGCUGCAAAGUCGCGAUUUCGCAAGGGUCUAUUUGACAAGAAGGUCCUCGACUCCUACACUACCGAGUACGCCAAUUCGAGCCCCUACAAGCACUCGGUCAUCAGUGGUCUGGUCGACGACAAGCUCCUGCGCUCCGUACGUGACGAGAUUCGCGAGAACGUUUCCUUCACCCCCAAGGAGACCGACAUCUACAAGAUCCACCAGUCGGGCGAUCUCGCCAACCUCGACGGCCUUGAUGACGAUGCCCUCGCGAAGCUCCCCUCCCUGCUUGCAUUGCGUGACGCAAUCUACUCCGAGACCUUCCGUAACUACGUCUCUCACAUCACCGACUGCGGUCCUCUGAGCGGCCGCAAGACUGAUAUGGCCAUCAACGUCUAUACUCCCGGCUGCUAUCUCCUCUGCCACGACGACGUCAUUGGCAGCCGCAAGGUCAGCUAUAUUCUCUACUUGACCGACCCGGAUCAGCCGUGGAAGGCCGAGUGGGGUGGCGCUCUUCGCCUGUUCCCCGUAAACGAGCUCGAGGGCAAGGACGGUGAGAUCGCAAAGACUCCUGCGCCGGAUCACACCAAAGUCAUCCCACCUGCGUGGAACCAGCUCUCGUUUUUCGCUGUCCAGCCAGGCGAGUCUUUCCACGACGUCGAGGAGGUGUACCAUGCAGAGUCUAAGGCCCAGCUUGAGAAGGAUGGCGGCCGUAUCCGCAUGGCAAUCUCAGGCUGGUUUCAUAUUCCCCAGGUCGGCGAGGAUGGCUACGUUAAGGGUGCCGAGGAGAAGCAGGUUAAGAACUCGGGUCUCAUGCAACUGCAAGGCAACCCGGACCAGCACGACACCCCGCGCUCACGGGCUGUCAAGGUUGACAAGCCCGGCUCGAAUCCCGCCCAGGCCUUCGAUGAAGCUGGACUUGAGUUCUUGCUGAAGUAUAUUUCCCCGACGUACCUGACCCCAGACACGCUAGAGCAGAUAGCAGAGCACUUCGAGGAGAACUCCAGCAUCACCCUUUCCAACAUUCUCUCGAAGAAGUUUAGCGCUCGACUGAGGGAGUACAUUGAGUCCCAGGAGAAAAACGGUCUUCCCGAAGAUAGCGAGAAGAUUGAGAAGAAAUCGGCGUGGCGUGUUGCAAAACCCCCGCAUAAGCACCGCUACCUCUAUCAGCAGCCUGCGGGCGCCGACGAGCUGCGUAGCUCACAGGAGGAGAACCCGCUGACGGAGCUGCUUGACAAUCUUCUCCCAUCGCGCCAGUUCCGCGAGUGGCUACAAAUUGCAACAGGGACCGUCAUCGAGAGUCACGAGUUCCUCGCUCGUCGUUUCCGUCACGGACAGGACUACACGCUCGCGACAGGCCACGAAGGUAAACCUCGUGUUGAAUUCAAUCUCGGCAUCACCCCAUCAAAGGGUUGGGGUGAUGACGAAGACGAGGAGGAGAAGCCUGAAGAGGAAGAGGAAGUUGAGAAACCCAAGAAGGGCAAGAAGGGCAAGGGUAAUGCCAAUGCCAAGCCGACGCCUAAGCCUGAGCCAGAAGAGGAGAUUGAGGUCGGUGGUCACGAGGUGUACAUGGCCGGCGACGAUGGCGAAGAGGAAGAGGAUGCUGCGAUUUACAAGUCGAGCGGUGAUGAUGACAACAUUCUCUUCUUCCAAGCCGCCGCGUGGAACAAACUGACCCUCGUUCUGCGUGACAGCGGAACGUUGCGGUUCGUCAAGUAUGUCGGCCGUGCUGCUAAGGGUGACCGUUGGGAUAUCUCUGGUGCUCUCGACAUUGACGCGGAGGAUCUUGCGGCCCAGGUUCAGGUUAGUGAUGAGUCGGAGGAUGAGUGGAACGGCUUCUCUGACCCUCCAGCGGGAGACUCGAGCGACAGCGAUUAA